AUGUCAACCUCGUGCGGCUCGCCUUGUUACGCAGCACCCGAACUGGUCAUCAGCGAAGGUCUCUAUGUCGGUUCAGCCGUCGACAUUUGGUCGUGUGGCGUGAUCUUGUAUGCCAUGCUCUGCGGCUAUCUCCCCUUUGACGACGACCCUGCGAAUCCGGAUGGCGACAAUAUCAACCUGCUCUACAAGUACAUUUUGAAUACCGAGCUUGCAUUCCCGGAUUAUGUGAGUGCAGAUGCCCGUGACCUGUUGCGGAAAAUGCUGGUACCCGAUCCAGCAAAACGAUGCACUAUGCACGCUAUUAUGGGGCAUCCGUGGCUCAGGCCUCAUCGCGCCUUGUUUGAAAAGUCUCUCGGUGAUUUGGAGUUGGAUGCCUUGGCUUCGGCUGAAUUACCUUUGCCGCGUCGUGGGCCGGAUGAACAAGAGCCUGUCGUCGUCGAUAGACAUCAUACACCGCCGAAAUCGAAAUCGCCGCCAGCAGAAGAAGAAGCUGCAGUUGCACCAGGUCAACAGCAACCCGAUCAGGAAACAGUAGCAGUGGUGCCAUCCUCGCCUAGAUAUGAUCAACAACAACAACAACAACAAGAUGAGCAAAUGGUGCCACAGGACGAUGUUGACAGGAUGGAUAUUGAUACCGUACCUGAAGAAUCAGCUCCACCACCACAAGCAACGAAGGGUGCUGGUGAAAAUAACUUUGACGAUAAAAUGCUGCCCAAGAUUGAGGAGCAACAAAAAGAGGAUGAAAAAGAUGCAAGCCAAGAUCAGACUGAGAAGGAUCAAGAUGAUGCUACGAAUACAGCAGAAACAGAAAAACCAACACCGCUUGCCCAAGUUGAUACUGCAGCACGUGAUAUUUCAUCCAUGGAGCUACCAGCCUCCGCCCAUACGGAAUCCAUGAGCACCACCACAGCUGAGGACAAAGAAAUGACAGACGUUGCGACUACGACGAGUGCGAAUGCUGCUGCCGCUGCCGCUGCUGUUGCAGCUGAGUCACCUCAACCCACGCGGACAACUAGCAAAAAGGUACAUCAGCGUGGUACAGAAAUGAUCAAGAACCUUCUAUCAGUCUCGAAAGCAUCCUCGAGUUCGACAUCGCGACCCAACAGCACCAGCAGUAGUCGACGACCAUUCUCGAUGCAAGCCGAACCGCCACGAUCUACACCGCAGCCGGGUAACUCGAUUCUGCAUGCCAAGUUCUUAUCGAGUGUGCAGCGACAUCAAGUGGCCACACCAACAGCUUCUUCACCGCCACCACCACCCAAAUCGUCGUCUGGAAGCAGUGAUUCGCCUUUGGUAAGCAUGAGUACACCGAAUGGUAUGAUGGCGAUGGCCAUGGAUAAACCGUUGCCACAACGACCUCAAGAGCCAUCACGUACGAGCAUGUACCAACAUCGACCUACGCCGCCAGCGUCGGCUGCUGCUGCACCUACACAAUCGACAAGCACACGAGGCACGCGACGCAAGGCUCUUAGUUUGCUUGUGAAUCCAAUGACCAAUCAAGAUGGUGACAGACGAACGAUUUCCUUUACGACCCGACGACCGUCAAGCCGACCUCAGCAACAGUCAGCACCGCCAGCAGGUCGCCAACAACAACAACAACAACAAGACCCACCUUCGUCGCCACGUCCGGACGUCAAAUUCGUAGUUACCAAGGAAGAGCCACGUCCUCAAUCGACAGUUUCUAUGGCACCUUCGGCAUCGGAUCAGAGUACCACGCGAAUGCCACCGAGUCCAACGUCACCUGAUACCAUGAGCCGAGAAUACAAGCACAAGAGUGCUGGCAAGAAGCUGAUGGAUUGGUUCAAGAAGAAACCAUUGAGUACCAAAGACAACAAUAAUCGAUUGCACGCUGAUAUGAUCUCGAAUACCAAUGCAUCAUGUGGCACAUCCACUUUAAGCAAGCCGCUCGGAUCUUAUGCAGUUGACUUCAAGGAUGCGAAACUACGUACAUACCAUGGCGCAGUUGAUCAGAACGCACUCACUUCUCGUCCACCCCAAGAAGUGUUGGUCGAAGUCAAACAAACGCUUAUAUCGAUGGGUAUUGACGUCAAGGAUGAUGGUGAAUAUAAACUCAAAUGUGUUCGUCGAAGGCGUCGAUCGUUGCAACAGCAAGGCGCAACACCACCACAUCAUUACCAUCGACAACAACAACAACAACAACAACAACAAGCGAACAAUGUCCCUUCACCCUCACCAUCAUCACAAUUAAAUGAUUAUCACAAGAAACGACGCAUGACAUCUUCGGGCCCACGAUUCCGUAACUUACUACGACGUACAAGCAACGCUGAAGUUCUUGCAAACAAUGCCGAAGAAGAACCAGCAGGAACGACGACGAAUAGUAUUAUCUAUGGCGAUCCAGUAGUCGAUCCAGGAGAAGAAGUUCGAUUCAGUAUGGAAGUGUGCAAGAUCAAGAAUUUGCCUGGUCUCUACAUUGUCGAUAUUCGUCGUAUGCGUGGCAAUGUGUGGUCAUACAAGUUUUUGUACCAUGCCGUGUUGGGUGCCUUGGACUUGGGUGGUAAAGGGGGUUACAUGUCGACUCGCGCGCCGUCUACUACUACUACUACUACUAACAACGCAAACGAAAAGUUGCUUCGACCUCCACAACAACAGCAACAACAACAGGAUGACAAAGCACAUCGUAUCAGCAUGGCAAGUAGCAGCAACAACAGUAGCUGUGUCAUGGACGAUACCAUAUCUGAAGAAAAGGCGAGCAUGUCUUGA